AUGUCGUGCAGAAGUGAAGCGGCUCGGGGGGGCACCCCUUGUCUACAACCACUUCGAGCCACUGUCCCAUUCCAGCUUCACAACAAAGCACAACCGCGCAGCAAAGAUUCCAAGACGGGUAAAUAAAUAUGCUCAUUUUGGUGCUAAAUAUAUGUCCCUUGCUAAAUAUUACACUAUGGUGGGAAUGUCGCUAGAGUUUGAUUUGUUAUUGCUGUCUAUCACUAGUCUAACGGGUAUGUGGGCUAUCUAUUAUGAAUAACUGUUAUAGUAUCUUACUGUAGAGCUACAUGGGCCUAUUGUACGUUUAGUAGCCUCUGGCUAGAAACUCCCACCACUCAAUUUUUCUAAACAGACCACCGACUUUCAGUGAAUAUAGCCUAAUUUGCACCAGCCAUCCCCCACCCUGUGUGCCCUGCUCAAGCAUGUGUGUUUUGAUGUGGGUCUCUGUAGGACCCUAUAAAAUGAAGUGUUAAAAAAAAACGAUUAAAAGCAGAAAUGUGCUACUUAAUUGGAGCAUAAUGUCAUGUUUGUUCCAUCAUAUUUUUUAUUCUAUAAUUUCAUUAUUACACCACAUAACUGGAACAUCAUAAUAGAAAGAGUUCUCAGUCAGUGACAUCAACGUUUUUUUAUUACAUCACAAAUUAUUGGAAUGACAUCUAGAGUUCACAGUGACAUCAAUACUUUUAUUAUGUCACAAAUGAUUUGAAUGGCAUCAUAAAGAGUUCUCAGUAACCACGUUUCUAUCCACAGUUUUUAUGCGACUAAAGUCGUACCAUCUAUAAAAAAAACAAAUCCCGACAGGUAGUUUCGGUACAAUUUUAUAAAUGCUGACAGGUUAUUUGUUCGUUUGACAUGGUGGGAUCUUUUUGUGUCAGUAAAAUGUAUUAUGCGAGAAAUGCUGGUGGAAAUAUUGAUAUAAUAACCACAGUGGAGGCUGGUGGGAGGAGCUAUAGGAGGACGGGCUCAUUGUAAAGACUGCAAUGGUAUAAAUUGAAGAGUAUCAAACACAUCAAAUAUAUGGAAACCACAUGUAUGACUCCUUUCCAUUAAUUCCAUUCCAGCCAUUACAAUGAGCCCGUCCUCCUAUAACUACUCCCACCAGCCUCCACUGAAUAACCAUCAUAUCGAAGUAAACUUGGAGUCACACGAUGAUAAGGUGUGUGGUCCUCCCACUAUUACUCAGGAAACCAUACAGUUUAUUAGGCUACAGAUUAAAUAAGUUAUGCUGAACUUCACAGGGUGGUGAAAGUGCACGGGGAUCUUGAUGCUACUUUCCAAUAAAUAUCAAGGGUAUUAUUCUGGUGACAUGAUUGAUGCUUGACUGCCGUUUGACAAAUACAAAUAUCCUCGCUCUUAUCCAUAAUAAUCUCAAGUAGACCACCCUACCAAGAGAGGUUUAAAGGGACCUUUGUUUUGGGCCCUGUGGCCUGUAAUUCCCCAGUGUGUUUCAACGGUACACUGUAAGGAUGCACCAGUAGCUCUAGUGCUUGUUCUGUGGUGUUUAUGUAUACAUCCUAUCUGCCCUGGGAAGUGGGGUGGAGGGAAGUGGGAUGAGUUGGGGAAUAGGUUUCAGGAGUAGAAUUGUUGCCAGUCUUGUGCAACAUGUCUUUGGAGGGCUUUGCUGCAGGCUCAGUGGCUUGGCUCACACCUGCCAGAGAUUACAAAGAGCUGCCAACACACACCUACUUGUACUACGAGCUCACCAAGCCCUGCAAGAGGUGGUGGGGGCCGGGGGAGGCCAUUUUGUGAACUCCUGCUGGUGCUAAAGUAGUUUUGAUCCUCCUUUAUUAUGAUGUGACUAUUUGUUGCAGAGGUAGGCUGAGCAUUGAGUUUGCCAGACCAACAUGCUGUCAUACUGGGGCACCGUAACACAAAACAGCCCUCCAUACAAUAUUUGCAUCUGUCUUCUGUUAGAAAUAUUAACCUCAUCACACACUCACAGUAUAAAGCAGACACAUUUCAUAUCAGUACAUGUGAUGUCUUUUGGCUGUUUCCAUAAGGUGACAGGAACAAGUCUCGCCCCCCAAAGCCGACCAUUCGUCGCACCCUGUCCCUGGAUACAAUCGUUGGACCAUAUCUGCAGGGCCGGUGGCCUAAGGAGGGGGAGAGCCAAGGAGUCACCUGUGUCAAUGACAAGGCCACACAGGUAAACUCACCGGACUCGGUCACAGCCCAAAUGUGAAUUUAACAUUAACAGCCAUUAACUCAUGUAGAUCUGAAACCGAGAGGAAUAUACUCAUGCCAAGCCUUUAUUGAUAUAAACUCAGCAAAAAAAGAAACGUCCCUUUUUCAGGACCCCAUCUUUCAAAGAUAAUUCGUAAAAAUCAAAAUAACUUCACAGAUCUUCAUUGUAAAGGGUUUAAACACUGUUUCCCAUGUUUGUUCAAUGAACCAUAAACAAUUAAUGAACAUGAACCUGUGGAACGGUCUUUAAGACACUAACUGUAGGCAAUUAAGGCUACAGAUAUGAAAACGUAGGACACUACUGACUCUGAAAAACACCAAAAGAAAGAUGCCCAGGGUCCCUGCUCAUGCGUGAACGUGCCUUAGGCAUGCUGCAAGAAGGCAUGAGGACUGCAGAUGUGGCCAGGGCAAUAAAUUGCAAUGUCCGUACUGUGAGACGCCUAAGACAACGCUACAUGGAGACAGGACGGACAGCUGAUCGUCCUAGCAGUGGCAAACCACGUGUAACAACACCUGCACAGGAUCAGUACAUCCGAACAUCACACCUGCGGGACAGGUACAGGAUGGCAACAACAACUGCCCGAGUUACACCAGGAACGCACAAUCCCUCCAUCAGUGCUCAGACUGUCCGCAAUAGGCUGAGAGAGGCUGGACUGAGGGCUUGUAGGCCUGUUGUAAGGCAGGUCCUCACCAGACAUCACCGGCAACAACGUCGCCUAGGGCACAAACCCGCUGUCGCUGGCCCAGACAGGACUGGCAAAAAGUGCUCUUCACUGACGAGUCGCAGUUUUGUCUCACCAGGGAUGAUGGUCGGAUUCGCGUUUAUCGUUGAAGGAAUGAGUGUUACACCGAGGCCUGUACUCUGGAGCGGGAUCGAUUUGGAGGCGGAGGGUCUGGGGCGGUGUGUCACAGCAUCAUCGGACUGAGCUUGUUGUCAUUGCAGGCAAUCUCAACGCUGUGUGUUACAGGGAAGACAUCCUCCUCCCUCGUGGUACCCUUCCUGCAGGCUCAUCCUGACAUGACCCUCCAGCAUGACAAUGCCACCAGCCAUACUGCUAGUUCUGUGCGCGAUUUCCUGCAAGACAGGAAUGUCAGUGUUCUGCCACGGCCAGCGAAGAGCCCGGAUCUCAAUCCCAUUAAGCACAUCUGGGACCUGUUGGAUCGGAGGGUGAGGGCUAGGGCCAUUCCCCCCAGAAAUGUCUGCGAACUUGCAGGUGCUUUGGUGGAAGAGUGGGGUAACAUCUCACAGCAAGAACUGGCAAAUCUGGUGCCGUCCAUGAGGAGGAGAUGCACUACAGUACUUAAUGCAGCUGGUGGCCACACCAGAUACUGACUGUUACUUUUGAUUUUGACCCCCCCCCCCCCCCCCCUUUGUUUAGGGACAUAUUAUUCCAUUGCUGUUAGUCACAUGUCUGUGGAACUCCUUCAGUUUAUGUCUGUUGUUGAAUCUUGUUAUGUUCAUACAAAUAUUUACACAUGUUAAGUUUGCUGAAAAUAAACGUAGUUGACAGUGAGAUGACAUUUUCUUUUUUUGCUGAGUUUAGCUUAAACGCCAUUUGUAGCUCUCCAUUCAACUUGUCACCAUUGUUGCUUACAAUGGCCAGACUUAUAAUCUAUGAAAAUGUAUGUUAUAAACACUGUUGCGUUAUUCUGUGUACUCUGAAGUAAAUAGACUUAGUGAGGCUAUCUGAGGCUGGCUCUGCAGGUGUCUAGCAGUUCCAGUCUGAAGCUGAGGAGCAGUGGAAGGCAGCCAACUGGAAAUAGUUGUUUUGUUCUCUUCAACCUCUGCUGUCUCUUCAACCUACCCCUUGUGCCCCCCUCUACUGUAUCCACCCCCCCAUCUAGUGCACAAGGCCUGGGCUAACCUAACCACACUCCACCACUGUGCCCUCAAUCUUGACACAGUUUACACUGAACAAUCCCCCUGCCCUCCAUUGUACAGAACAGACCCCUCCCGACCUCAUUAUACAGACCCCCCCCCCCACCCCCGGCACAGUUUCCCUGCUUUAUUUAAGAUGAUAUAACUGUCUCCUAUUGUCCGCCAUUAUCUCCUUCUUCAGUAAUGAAAACUGUCACAUUUUCCCAUACAACCAGCCUCUUGUGGAUUUGGGGGAGUUCCCCUCUGCCACAAACACACAGACUGAAGAGAUACCCAAUCUAAACAAUUUGUAGUAACAGGUUCAAAACCCCUUUGUAACAUAUUAAAAGUAAAUAUACAUAAAAUCAAACACAAGGCUGAAUUGGCAUUUGAAGCGUUAGACACCCAGAACAUUCCAUCACCUUUUGACCGGGUCUUUUAAUAGCCAUGUGUCCUGUGAUCUCUCUGGUCAUGUUUGGUGGAGGAAGGGAGGAGGAGGGGGAUGUAAGGAGCAGUAACACUACACCGACCGGGUUGGGUAACUGACUGGUGUCCCUCCAUGACAUAUUUAGCCAUGUCUGACCACGGCUCCACCAGAUAGGGCGGAAGAUGGCGUUAAGGUUUUUUAUUGUAAUUUAUAGCCGGGACCGACUCUGUUACACUACUGUGCGUCAUGACAUCAGUGUGGAACUCUGUGAGAGGACUGAGAGCUCUAGGAGACUAGACCCAGAGAGAAGGUUGCAUUUUGGGGAAACGUGACCUGGAGAGGGACCUGCAUUUGGAGGAGUGGAGGCCCAGAGAAAAUAGCUAAGUUAGGGGGAGGCAGAACAGAAAAAAAGAAAUUGUUGUUGAGGAGAAAUUGGGCAACAGCAAGAGGAUCCUCUCCAGGCUGUGUGUGUGAAGCAGGAGUGUGGAGACGAGGGAGGGCAGCUCAGCAGAUAGACCGCCACACUCUCAUCCUCCCAUCUGCUAGCAACGCUCACCCCGGGGCUUGUGGGUAUAGGAGGAGCCGGGGCUAUGUCGGUAGGAACUCUCCACUGUACGCUCUCUUCUUCCUCCUCUUGCAUGUGAAGUGAGGGAGCUCAGUUUUGAUAAAUGAAGGAGGGACAGCACAGGACGUCACCAUGUUGAUUACCCAAACUCUGUGUGGCGUUCUCCAAUUGUGUGUGAAUACAGCUGUCAGUGUGCAUGUUGUUUGUGUAGGUAGGCCCUAUGUGUACUUAUGUUAAACUGUCUUUGCUGUUUUGUAGCCUUUAUUGCUGUAGUUGACAUGUGUCGCUUGUGUAUUUGCAUUGCUGUGGUUUUUGUUUUACUCGUUUGUAGGGGGUGUUGUCAGCAUCAGUGGUUUACUCCUCGCCUGACUGUCUGCCUUCUACACAGCUGUGUGACUGGCAGGUGUGCCUGACAGCUGUAGGGCACCACUUCUGUACUCUAGUCAAAUCAUGUAGCUCGGGUGCUGUUUCACUUCCAUAGGUGUAAAUUGUACAACGAGAGAGGUGCAAAACAGGUUCACUGCUCUGUAAUGUGCUACUGAAAGGUCAAUCUUAGAACUCCUAGAUAAAAUUACCAGUUGUGUAAUUGAAUGAUCGACAAGAACAUAAUGCUCUCUGACUCCAAUCCAAUCACCAAAGUUUCCACAGGGAAAAAAAACUAAUAUUUUCAAGUCAGUUACAUUUUUCAGAAAGUUUGUGUGUGUGUUUUGUGCAGAGUUGUAUAAGCAAUGUGUGGCUGGUUACUAUGAUAACAUCCCUGCUCCUCCCAUAGACUCCCAGCUCCUGGGCAGAGGAGACUCGGGGAAGAAGAAGUGUUGGCGGGCACAAACGCUCAGCAUCAUGGGGCAGCGCUGAACACUUGAGGGAGGUGAGUACUUCCUUUUUGAAUGUAAAUGUUUAAUAAAAAAUAUCCUUUAACCAGGAGCUUGUCAAUCAAACGUCAUUCUCACAAUAUACCCGUAGAACUCAGAGAUGGGACUAUUUUUACUCUCCUGUUGUCAGGGGUGACUAGGUCAGUCACACCCCUCUCUCCCUGUUGAAACAUUCCUCCCCUCAUUCUUUCCUCUGAAAGACAAGCGUCUCUUCUAAGUCCUUUCCCCUCUAUGCCUUGACCUCAGGUGGCUAAGCUCAGGCACCAGCUGCAGAAGCGCUCCCGACACGCCCCUCCCUCUGGGGGAUAUGAGCGUCCCCACCACCCCCUACCUGGAGGCCAUGCACCAGGCGCUACACAGGUACGUCCUAUACAGCCCUCCCCAUAAUACUGUGGAUUUGAUCUGCACUCUGAACCAGUCCUGAACCAGUCCUUAUUUAUACUGCACCUUGUUUACUUGAAUGUUAUUUUUGAAUUUGAAUGUCCCCUGAAUGACUGUAAUGUAAGAUCAUGUAUGCAGACAGUGGGACCCAGGAGGUGUUCAGAGUAUUCACUGAUGCAGAACACUGAUGGUUGGCCUUCUGAAUUUCUCAGGCAGAGUAGAGUGAAGCUAGCAACAGGGCUAUAAAAACAGCACUGCUUUUCUUAGGAGCUGGUGUCAUCAAGCUGCCUGGUUGCACCACCACCACGCUAUGACAGGAAUACAUUCUUACUCACACGUGUAGAUACAUGGCCUUUGGCACAUACCCUCACACUCAAGCCACUUUGUGUGGCACAGAUAAAAUUAGACCAUAGACACUCCUGUGCUCCAUUUUCAUGUGUGUUUGGUGACCCCCCAGACGGUGCACCUGAGCAGGUUGGCCCCUCGGCUGCGGCGCAGUGUGGAAGGUCUGAACCUGGAGCUGGAGGGUGUCUUUGUGUCAGAGACACCUGAGGACCAGCACAAGGUGAGCAUGUUUAAAUGCAGCCUGUCUGCUUGGGUACCGGCUGGCUUAGAUCCAUGAUCUCAACCCUGUAUGGAUCCGCUGGAUCCCCCUAGUGACAGCCAAUUAGCCCAGUCCUUAUUUUUCUCAAAUGGCCAGUGUCCCAGAGCCUCACCAUACCCUCUCCCUGUUCCCCUGUUAGAUCCUGGAUGUCCCAGACGGCCACAGAGCCCCAGUUCCUGCCCAGAGGUGCAGCAGUGGUACCCAGAGUGAGCCCUCCCCUGCCUCGUUCGACCCUGCUUUGCUCUCUCCAUCUGAGUCUCCCUGUGCCCUGAACCCGGCUCUACUCUCCCCAUCUCAGUCUCCCUGCCCCAUCGGAGAGCCAGGCGAGUAAAUGGAUGGUUUGUUAGACUUGAAUGACUUAAAUACCGGAGUGGACGUUUAAAUCAUGUUUUUUUCUUCUGUGCAGACCCUGUGGACUGUGAGACCAUGUGCCCCUCUCCCUCUCCAGUUGUUCUGGACCCCUCCCUGUUGCAGCCCUCCUCCUCCUCCCCUCGUCCCAACAAGACCUACUCCUUCCAGAGGGAGCCCCCUGAGGGCUGUGAGCGAGUACGAGUAGUGUGUGAAGAGGCUAUGUGAGUAUUGAAACACACACAGACUUUGUGUUAUUAGACAUUAUUUGGUCUAAUCGCCUCUAUUUCUGACCCUCAACCCCAGGUCUCCCUGUCAGAGAGAGCCUCUCCUCCAGGUAUCCUGCCCUGACCCCAACAAGGUGAAUUUCACUCCUCAUGGAGGCUCUGCCUUCUGCCCUGUCAGUCUGCUCAAGCCCCUGCUGCCCUCCAUGGACCUCCUGUUCCGCGGCCUGUCAGUCUCGCCUGUCACAGGCUGCUCAGGUCAAGGCUCUGCCCCCUACCAGACAGUUGGGCAUUCGGUUGGCAGCUACAUGAGUGGACCCCUCCAGGACUCAACCACCAUGUGAAUGUGGAGAGGGGGUUGUUCUCAGACUGGUGAAGAUGUGGAUUUAUCCUAAUAGGAGAUUCAAUCAAAAUGGCUGCAACCACUUUGUCAGGGACUGUUGUGACAAUGACAAACCUCCAGAUCUAUUCAGCUAAGAUCAACAAAAAGAGAGACCAGAGAGACAUCUACAGUGGGUUCUCUGUGGGAUCAGGAUCAAAUCUGUCAUUGGUGUUCUUUCCUGAUUGGUUCUCAGAGGGACUUGCUGGCAACUGGGUACAUUGAUAGUCACUUACCCCCUUGGUUGGGUGGGGGGUAAAUUAGUUGUGGGAAUGUUAGUGUGUGACUGUGUAAAAAACAUAUUUUUAUACUACAAAACAUGGCCUUUCUCUGAUGCCCUUAGAUUUGUUACAGAUAUAGCUAGAGCUUGGAGUCAGAUGUACUUAUUAGUGAUACCCGGGUUGACUCUGUAGCUCAGCUGGUAGAGC